AUGGCUCGAGGACAGCAGAAGAUCCAGUCCCAGCAAAAGAACGCCGAAAGACAGGCCAAACUCAAGAAGCAAAAAGGAAGUGACCAAAAGGCUGCUGCUGCGAAAGCUCUCAAAUUCCUCUGCGCCGUGUGCAAGACCCAGAUGGGCGACCCAAAGACAUACAAGCAGCAUUUUGAGUCGAAACACUCGAAGUUGCCAAUUCCAGCAGACUUGGCCCAGUGCAUCGCCGAAGGCAAAUGCUAG